AUGAAUUCUAUCACCUAUGAUGAUGUGAAUGUGUACUUCACUUGGGAAGAGUGGGCUUUGCUGGAUCCUUCCCAGAAGAAUCUUUACAAAGAUGUGAUGAUAGAGACCUACAAGCACCUUACAGCCAUAGGCUACAAUUGGGAAGACCAUAAUAUUGAAGGACAGUGUCAAAGUUCGAGAAGAUAUGGAAGGAAUGAAAGAACACAUAUUUAUGAGAAGCACUAUGAAUGUAAGCAGUAUGGUAAAGCCUUGUCCCAACCCAGUGGUAUCCUAAUGCACAAAAGAACACAUACUGGAGAAAAACCCUAUGAAUGUAAUCAGUGUGGUAAAGCCUUUUCACAGCACGGAAAUCUCGAAAGGCAUAAAAGAACACAUACUGGAGAGCAGCCCUUUAAAUAUCAUCAGUGUGGGAAAGCCUUUUCACAAUUGAUUAAUCUCCACAUUCAUAAAAGAACACAUACUGGAGAAAAACCCUACGAAUGUAGUCAAUGUGGUAAAGCCUUUUCAAACCUCGGUACACUACAAGUGCAUAAAAGAACACAUACUGGAGAGAAACCCUAUGAAUGUAUUCAAUGCGGCAAAGCCUUUUCUCAACAGGGAAAUCUCCAAAUGCAUAAAAGAACACAUACUGGAGAGAAACCCUAUGAAUGUAUUCAGUGCGGCAAAGCCUUUUCACAGCACUCUAGUCUACAAAUGCAUAAAAGAACACAUACUGGAGAGAAACCCUAUAAAUGUAAUCAGUGUGGUAAAGCCUUUGCAUGUUGUAGUGCUCUCCAGAGACAUGAAAGAAUUCAUACUGGAGAGAAACCCUACAAAUGUAAUCAUUGUGGGAAAGCCUUUUCACAAGUCAGUAAUCUCCACAGUCAUAAAAGAACACAUACUGGAGAGAAACCCUAUGAAUGUAUUCAGUGCGGCAAAGCCUUUUCACAGCACUCUAGUCUACAAAUGCAUAAAAGAACACAUACUGGAGAGAAACCCUAUAAAUGUAAUCAGUGUGGUAAAGCCUUUGCAUGUUGUAGUGCUCUCCAGAGACAUGAAAGAAUUCAUACUGGAGAGAAACCCUACAAAUGUAAUCAUUGUGGGAAAGCCUUUUCACAAGUCAGUAAUCUCCACAGUCAUAAAAGAACACAUACUGGAGAGAAACCUUAUGAAUGUACUCAAUGUGGUAAAGCCUUUUCACACCUCCGUAUACUCCAAGUGCAUAAAAGAACACAUACUGGAGAGAAACCAUACGAAUGUAAUUACUGUGGUAAAGUCUUUUCACAAUCCGGUAGCCUCCAUGUGCACAAAAAGACACAUACUGGAGAGAAACCCUAGGAAUGUAAUCAAUGUGGUAAUGCCUUUUCAAAACCAAUAGUCUUCAAAGGCAUAAGGGAACACAUAAUGGAGAGAUACCCUACGAAUGAUAUCAAUAUGUUAAAGCCUUUGCAUGUUGUAGUGGUCUUCAGAGACAUAAAAGAAUUCACACUGCAAAGAAACCUUAUGAAUGUAAUCAGUGUGUUAAAUGCUUUUCACAGCCCAGUUGUUUCGAAGUGCAUAAAAGAACACAUACUGGAGGGAAGCUAUAAAAAUGUAAUCUGUGGGGGAAAGCCUUUUCAUGAAACGGAAAUCUCCAAAAUAAUAAAGAACACAUACUGAAGAGAAACCCUGUGAAUGUAAUCAAGGUGGUAAAGCCUUCAAACAUUGCAGUGAUCUCCAAAGGCAUGAAAAAUUUGAUACUGCAAUGAAACUCAAUGAAUAUACUCAAAGUUGUAAGGGCUUUGCACAUUGCUGUGAUCUCCUAAAGGCUGAAAGAUUUCAUACUGGAGUGAAACCCUAUGAAUAUAACCAGGAAAUCCUUUGCAUGUCACAUUUUUUCAAAGCCUUGAAAGAAACCAUUCUGGAGAGAAAUCCUUGUGAAUGUUUUUAGUAUAUCUAAACCUUUGUACAUUUCUAUAGGCUUCACAUUCAUGAAUGAAUCAUACUUUAGAGAAGCCCUACGAAUGUGUUUAACAUGGUAAUUCAAGGCUUUGUGUUUUCAUGUUUCAUAGAGAUGUAAUGAAGUGGUCUAAUCAGUAAUCAACUGCAACUCACUACAUAGGUUGAUGUGAUAUUAACAUGUAUAUAUGAUUGGACGUUCUGUGAUUCUGUAUGUUCCUCCUACUCAUCCAUUUGUCAUUUCAUCUUGAAGUACUGUAUUCUAUAGGAAAUUUAUACUAUAAAGAUUCUAUAUAAUGUAACAACAAGGAUAUUUACUUAAAAAGAAACACUUCUGGUGUGUGCAUGUGACAGGAUUAUGUGGUUUUAAUCCAUGUCAGAUAUGUAAAGAGUGGGAGACAACUUUGUCACAUAUCAUUUGGCCAUCUCAGUAGGAGGAUUGAGGUCUGAUUUCCAGCUUUGGACACCAAAAUCCUUUCCUACAGCUCUGUUUCCCUGAUGCUCCAAUAAGAUUGGUUGAGAUAUUAUAUCGAUAAAACAUUGUCUUUUUUCACAUUAUAAACAUUGUUAUGUAAUAAUUGAUGAAUUCAUGGCAAUUUCAAUGAUAAAAUUUGUUUGAAAAUGAAAGUGUGCAGCCAGUUCUCCUAGGCGCUGAGCCAUGUGUUUAGCCCCAUGAAACUGUGAUGAAUAGCGUUUAGGUGGGAAAGGUUGAUCCUAACUUUAUCUUUAAUUCAGCCCUGAUGACCCAGAAGAAAGAGAAGAUUGAGAACAUAAGAAAGUAACUUAGGCUUGGUGCUUAAAGAAGUUUCUGAGCCACUAUCUUCACAAAAAUAUGGAAGUAUCCAAAAAAUGGCCAGGACAGAAACUGACAAUACAAGUGUUUUAAAAGUGCCUGACCACUGGACCAAAGCCACCAGACUGAGUUCAUCUCACAGGUGGUAAAUAGGUAUCAAUGGGAGCCCACCAAGCCAUAUGUCAGGUAUAUUCUUUCUGGAGAUUAUGCCUAGUGCAAAGGGAGAAAAUGAACUUGAAGGCAUAAAGACCAACUUUUCUGAAGUGGAUUGUAUUCUGUUCCCCUGAUGUAUGCAAUCAUUCAGUUAGAAGCCCUGAGUGGUGAAGACUCCAGAUGCUGUGGAGGUUGUUGUCAGGGGAGCCUGAGGUUCAAACAGAUGCCAAUAGAAGGCUGGAGAAAUCAGGCAUUUACAGAGACCGAGGAACAUGGAGGAGAUUUGGGUGUUAAAGAAAGGGAAGUAGAUUUGGAUGUUAAAGAAAGGAUAAAAGUCCCAGAGAGCAAUUAAUUCUUGGGCUGUACCUGAGGAGAAGCUGCCGCCUCCUGUAUUCUCUGUAUUUACUCAUCUGUGGUGGGUCAACUCUCCACUUCUUUCACUCUUUCCUUGUCUUCUCAGAUACGUGUGCAUGCCAGUCAGAAUACCAUGCAGGCCACCACUUGAUGGUCUCAAAUUGAUUUUAAAUCUCUCUCUCCCCACUGUCAUCCCUGUAAUCUCUCUGCCUGGCAGGAAUUGGGAUAUUCUGAAUAAACAUUCCUGUAUCUCCCUUAGGUGAACAUCUAAUAAAUCAAUGGACUCCAUGGAAUUCUAAUCUGGUCUGGACUGUAAUUGAUGAAAAGACCUAUUCCCCUAGUUGAGAUAUUUUCUGCUCGAUAGCAUUAUGUCACUCUUUGAAUACCUUACAGGAAAGAAAUAUGCUGAGAAUGAGGGAGCAACAUAUAGGCAGGAAGUUUUUAUAUAUGGCUUGGUGAGAUUACUUAGUUGUGUAUCUCUGCUCUCUAAACCUAUUAAACCUAAAGGAUGAAUGUUUUACCAUAUGUUGUACUUCACACCUAAGACAAGCUGCUAAGGAGCCUUUUUGACAGAAGGUUUUCAGGCUUCCAGGUUCUCCCAGCAUCCCUCAGUCCCUCCCUUCUAAAGGGUAUGAUUGGCGUUCCCCACCUCUAACCUUAAAUUUUCAGUCCAGUAGAAUGGGCCUGCCCUCUCCCAGAGUCUCUUCCAUAUGUACCCAGAUGUUUUAUUUUCUUCUCUCUCUGUUUUAUUCUCUCUCUCUCUCUCUCUCUCUCUCUCUCUCUCUCUCUCUCUCUCUCUCUGUACAUGCUUCUCUUUGCCCACAUUUAGGAUUCCUCCAUGGUAGAUUAUUCCUUGGGAACUGGGAACCCUCUGAGAACUGUUUGCAUAAGCUUGCAA